AUGACGUCCAUCUUAGCUCGUCCUCCUCGUCUCGCUCGCGUUGUAACUCAUUUUUCACGUCGCAACUUCGUGCGAUCCGUCCCUGCACUGAAGAAACGUGCAGGCACUGCGUCGAGCCAGGGAGCGCUCGACGAUGACGAGCUGUUUAAGGCCCCUUCGGAUGAAGAUAGUUUAUUUUCGUCGUCUCUUGGCUCUCAACAGCCCAUUUCACAGGAGCAACCUGUUUCUGCGUUCAGCAGGCCGCAUGUACAGAAAAAGGCAAGGAAAACAUCUGUGAAGUCUCCGUUUGAGCAGUUCGCCGAGCAAUACGCGUACAUUUCCGCGAGACUGGGUCCAAACCCCACCGAAAAGCACCCUCAGGCGCGUCACAGCGGGAUACGGAGAUUGUUGCACCACGCGCAGGGGAAGGAACAUUUAGAGCAAGUUGUUGAGAUUUUGGCGAAAUGGCGGAGUAGUGGAAAAGCUAUUGAUUUAAAGACUACUAGGGAACUAAUUGACCGAUGCCUUGCAUGGUCACCGCCUACCCUCGUCACCAUCCUCUCCGACAGACAAAAAUACGGGCUAACACUCCCCAACAUGACGGACGCACGACGAAUCCUGCGCCGACUAAUCUUCUACAGGCCCCAUCCGAUUGCCCAACAAUCCUCCUCAACAAACGCAGAAGGAAAAGCAAGGGCGAAUGCAGAGGCAUUGAAGAAUGCCGUUACGUUCGCUGCGCUUCUACCGAGUCAUGGGUUGCGAAAACCGAUGGAAGAUGUGGUUUGCUGUGCAUUGCUUGCGCAAGCUUGUGCAAGGAAUGUGAAAUUUACUGCUGCGCUGGAGGCUUCUACACAUGCCUCGAAGCAAGGAGAGACAGACACCUCUGACCCUACGUCUGAGAAUCAGCCCAAGUCUGAUACUUCGUCGAAGCCGGCCCACUACGACCCGACAAGCACGCGCGGCCUCCUUUCAACGUCUAAUGCACUCGCUACUCUCUUUUCUUCACCUAACCUUCCAUCCGAACUACGUACACUUCCGUCUCCAGAAUACGUCUCCGCUCUCAUAGAGAAACACAAAGCUGCUCCACGUGGUCUCGGCGGCAUUGAGAACCCCGAUAUACCACGCCAAUGGACGUGGACUAGGGGCAUGGAUGACCCUGCGGUGUUCCGGAAACGUACAAGCGGCGUGACGUAUUCCGGGCUCGUAGAGCAGAGAUGGGCCGUAUCUGCAAUAAGGGACAUCGUACAAGCUUUAAAAGACGUACAGGUUUCGAACCCGGGCGCUGGGAAGAAGAGCUUAGCUGUAUUGGAGCAGGUGUUGGGAAAUACGAUUGGAGAAGAGGAUGCGGAGAAGGUGCCUGCGUCCACGACUUGGGAAGUCCGAUAUGAUGAUUAAUCCUUUUUAACGGUGUUCCAAUUUCCUUGCACAAAUCUCAUUAAGUUCGUAAUAUUGGUCCACUGGAAAAAACAAUACGACAAGAAAUAUAAACCGCUAGCAAAUAGUACAGUCCUCUCGAAAACUCAA